AUGGACCCGUUGUCUGUCCCCGUAUCGCCCACCGCACCGGCUCCUGACCUUCCAGCAGGACAAAAGACCGAGUCCGUCACUGUCAUCGAGCUAAACGACACAGAGUACUUCAAAGAGGUGUUACAGUUACCUUUGGGCCAGUCCGAAGCGCAGGCUGACGAAGAGCUCUUGGAAAGAGCGAGCGCCGUUGGCAUCACCGCUACUCUGCCAUCUUUGGCCAGCCAAUGCCCCCCCACCAGCAGCUGGUCGGACUCUUCGAUUGGAACUCCACAGGACCGUUCUUUUUCUAAUAUAACCAACAAGACAAAUGGAACCGGUGUAUCGACUCAAUCUUCUGCCAUUUGCCCCCCAAGCCCUCUAUUUGAUUCCGAAGGAGGAGAAAGGAGAAGUUCGACAUCGAGCCUAACUUUUGCCCACUAUGAACGCUAUAUCUCUACCAUCGAUUCUGGUAGCAAUGGCGAUAAACCAGCCAAAGAUCCACUCCCAAUCUAUAACUUCUCUCCCCAAAGGGUGUUCAUACCCUCUCCCAAGAGCAUGGCCAGCGCAAGUUCUAAGAAGAGUAGUUUUCAAGCCAUCAAAGAACGUUUAUUUGGCAGGAAGAAGAAGAAGGUUAUCCAACCGGCGCCGUCACCACCGCCUGUUGUUGAAGUCAAGAUUCUGUGUGCUACCUGUCGAGAGAGCUUUGCCGAAAAAUCCAAUGCCCUUCACAAGCUCAAGUGUGGUCACAUCCACUGCAUUGAUUGCGUGAAAAAUAUGAUCAAGCAAGCCGUCGAGGAUGAAUCCCUCAUGCCACCAAGCUGCUGCUCCUCGCCACUUACGCCUUCACUGAUCAGGGCAAUUCUGAACCAAGAUGACCAGGAUACCUUUUUGCUGGCCGUUGUCAAGCUCAAUACCCCGGCUGACGAGCAAAUGUUUUGUCCAGACCCAGCCUGUGGCCACUUUAUUCCGCCCCAAGAUGGGUACGAUCCCAGGCACCCACUUGAUCUCACGUGCGUCAAAUGUCAUGGCCGUAUGUGUGCCAUAUGCAAAGACACUGCCCAUGGCCUCGGCGAAAAUUGCCCUCUGGACUGGGAGCUGGUUUUGCUCAAGAAAAAGCAGCAGCAGCAGAAUGACAAGGAGAUCUGGAGGCGAUGCUACGAGUGUAGAAGUCUGGUUGGGGCGAGCGAGACAUCCCAACUCAUGACUUGCCUGUGCAAGGCCCAAUUCUGUUCAGUGUGUAUGGGUAUUUGGGAUCCCAUAACCGGAUGUCCCAACCUUUGCAGUUUUGAAGAUGAAAUGCAACGGCGGCGGAUCGCAGCAACUCUGUCUUCUAUUAAUGAACUGAAGCUACGCCCUAACCUGUCUAUUCAACAGCUCGGACAGGAGCAGCAGAAAGAGCUGCAUCGUUUUAUAGAGUACAAGUUUCGAACCAAAGAUGCUCUGCAGACGCGCCACCUGAUGCAAGAGGCUACCUUGGAGGAAAAGUACGAACUACAAGAGGAAGCAAUCCAAGAGAGACACGAGAAGACGUUGACUCAAAUGGAAGUCCGUCACCUUAAGGCUGAGAUGGAGCUUCAAGAGCAACUGAACCAAUAUGAAGAAAGCAUUGGCUUUCGUAUCAAACACAUGGAAGGCUACUGCAACGGCCUUGGAAGAAACCCGAACUCGCAGGCGCCGGCCAGGACUGUUACCGAGAAAGACCUCCGAGAGCUUGGCCACCACUACCAUAUACGAGACACCAUGGACCAGAUCCGCUCAGGCAAGAUCAAUGUCAUGAGGGAGCGACAGGCCAGGCAGCAAGAAGACUACCGCAUCAAACAAGAAAACGAGCUCGAGACUUUCAUGGAUAAGAGGCAGGAAGUGCUUGACAAGAUGGAAGCCGAGUUUCUUCGGGAGGAGACUCAUUUCAAUGAAGUCUUCGCAGCUCGCCAGCGCCGCGUACAGGCCCGAUGGGUACUCGCCAUUGAGGUACGGUGCAGAGAGCUUGAAAGGCAGAACCCUAAGCAGGCCUGCCGCCGUGUUUCAAUUCCAAAAUGGCCCGAAGAUAGGGCCUUUAGGGCCCGCCGCGGCGAUAAGUAG